CACUUACCCAUUCUCCCCUCUUCUCUUGCUCAAAUUUUAUCCUCUUUUCUGUUCAAACCAAACGAAAGAAAAAAAAAACCCCAAUCCCCCCAUCAAACCAAAAUGAACGGCGACGAUGAUCACGAUCCCUUCUGCACGAGAAUCCAUGCCCCUUUGCUUCCUCAAAAAGAGAAAAGAAAAAGGCAUACAAUAAAGUUUUUAAGUUUGGUAUGCCAUUUUCUUCGCAUUUCUUGUCAGUGUUUACACCUUCAGUCGACAUUCUUUUCAAUAUCACAAGAUCAGCCCUGUUUAGGACACGGUGGGAUUGUUCGUGCUUUCUCAAUCGAGUUUCGGGAGUUUGAUUCUUGCGACGCAGAGUAAGUAGUGGGAAGCUGAAAAGUCGUCAAAAAUGCACGAAAGGUGCCAUGGAGCUGUGAUCUUACUUCUAUUUGGCAUGUGUUUCAAUGCAUUAGGUGCCUUUGUGGGGGUUAACCUCGGAACCGACGUCUCGAAUCUUCCAUCAGCUUCAGAUAUCGUUGCAAUUCUUAAAACCCAUUGGAUUACUCAUCUCCGCCUCUAUAAUGCCGAUUCCCAGCUGCUAAAGGCCCUAGCAAACAGUAGCAUUGAGGUAAUCGUUGGCGUCAUGAAUGAGGAAGUUCUCAGGAUUGGUGAAUCUCCAGCAGCUGCUGCAGCCUGGGUUAACAAAAACGUUGCUGCUCACUUGCCGGGAACGAAUAUUACAGCCAUUGCCGUCGGCAGUGAGGUUCUUACAGCAAUUCCUCAUGUUGGUCCAGUCUUGGUUCCAGCCAUGUAUUCACUACAUAAAGCCUUGGUUGCCGCCAAUCUAAACGAUCUGAUCAAAGUUUCCACUCCCCAAUCGAUGGACUUAAUACCCCGGCCUUUUCCCCCGUCCACCGCUACCUUUAACGCUUCGUGGAACUCGACUAUCUCUCAGCUCCUCCAGUUUUUAAAGAACACGAAGUCCUACUACAUGUUGAAUGCCUAUCCUUAUUAUGGAUACACUACUGAGAAUGGAAUUUUUCCAUUAGAUUACGCACUUUUCCGGUCACUUCCCGCAGUUAAGCAGAUUGUUGACCCGAACACUCUUUUCCAUUACAAUAGUAUGUUCGAUGCUAUGGUUGAUGCAACGUACUACUCGAUCUAUGCGUUCAAGUUUUCUGGGAUUCCUAUUGUGGUUACUGAGACGGGUUGGCCAUGGUUUGGUGGAGCAAAUGAACCUGAUGCUACAAUUCAAAAUGCUGGCACCUACAUUAGCAAUCUGAUCAGGAGAGUUUCAAACGAUUCAGGGCCACCUAGUCAGCCAACGACACCAAUCAACACGUACCUUUACGAGCUGUUUAAUGAAGACAAGAGGCCUGGUCCGAUCUCGGAAAAGAAUUGGGGUAUACUUUUCCCCAAUGGCUCGGCUGUUUAUCCUUUGGGCUUGAUCUCGGGUCGUUCGACAGCAAAUUCUUCUGCAGUUUAUUGUGUGGCUAAAGAUGGUGCGGAUGAAGAUAAGCUGGAAGAUGGCCUGAAUUGGGCUUGUGGACAAGGAGGGGCUAACUGUGCUGCUAUUCAGCGUGGGAGGCCAUGCUUUCUCCCUAAUAGCAUUACUAACCAUGCUUCUUAUGCAUAUAAUGAUUACUAUCAGAAAACUCAUAGUGCUGGUGGAACGUGUGACUUCGAUGGCACCGCUAUGCUUACGGCAAUUGAUCCGAGUCAUGGGUCCUGCAUAUUCACAGGAAGUUCCAAUUCACGCGGUGGAGGCGGAUUUUCCCCUGAAGCAGCCAUGGGGCCUUCAGGUCUGCUUCCUGGUGUAAGUUCAAAGCUGCAGGUCUCUUCAUUUCAGCUCUUGAUUUUGUUCAUCUUUUCGUGGGCUUUAAUGUUUUGAUAUGAAUGAUUCUUCUUCAAGUUCUUACCAUUCUUCAGAUUGCUAAUUUAUUGAGCACAUAAAUCCUUCAAGUUCUUACAUUUCUGUUAGUUUCUAGGUGCUCUGUUUAGUAUUAGUUCAUUGUUCAUUGUAAUUUACUCUUCUGAGGUGGGGGGAGUAACUGUGUUUAGUUUAUGAUCCAUUUAUAUUAUUUUUGGAAUUAAUUGA